CGCUCGUCACCGCCGUCUUCACUCGAGUAGAGCGCUGCUGUUCAGUGCUGCUGCCAUGGAGUGAGCGAGCGAGCGAACGCGCUUCUCGGACUUUCGGCAUUAGUUGCGCUUGUUGAGUAAAUUACACGCUAAAAAAAAGAAAACAAGUUAAACAAUACUAAAACACGAUGUAGUGAAGAAAAUACCGACGGACUUUUUUUAUUCCAUACCUGCAAAGCAGAGCUACAUAGUAUCGCGCUGGGGGAGAAGUAGACAGCGGCGGGACAAACAUGCUCUCGCCGUUCUUGGCGCAUUUGCUGUCGGUUGUGCUUCUGUGUCGGAUUGCGCGCUCCCAGUACUCAAGCGACCAGUGCAGCUGGAGGGGCAGUGGACUGACACAUGAGGGACACACUCGGGAUGUGGAACAGGUGUAUCUCCGCUGUGCCCAGGGGUUCCUGGAGUGGCUUUACCCCACAGGGGCCAUCAUCGUCAACCUGCGUCCAAACACACUGUCCCCAGCGGCAUCUCUUCUGUCCAUCUGCAUCAAACCCUCUAAGGAGUCCAGCGGGACCCACAUCUACCUGGACCGGCUAGGCAAACUGCGACUGCUCCUCCGUGAGGAAGAUCAGGCAGAGGGGAGAGUGCACUGUUUCAGUAUUCAGGACGGGGCGCUCUUCAUCGAGGCAGUGCCUCAAAGAGACAUCAGCCGAAAAAUCACAGCCUUCCAGUACGAGCUGGUCAACCACAGACCAGGAGCAGAUCCACAGUCAUUAUCUGCACCCUGCCAACCCUGUACAGAUGCGGAGGUCCUCCUGGCCGCUUGCACCAGUGACUUUGUGGCGCGAGGCAGUAUUCUUGGUGUGGCAGAGACCGACGACCAGACCUCUGUCACUGUGUCCCUGAGUGCCCUUUACAGACAGAAGACACAAGUGUUUGUUUCAGGAGGCGGCCGGGCCAAACGCUGGACAGGCUUUGUGAAGAUGCCCAGCCAGUGCGGAGUUAAACCAGGGGAGGGUGAAUUCCUCUUCACUGGGACUGUGCGAUUCGGAGAGGCCUGGCUCAGCUGCGCGCCACGGUACAAGGACUUCCUUAGGGUGUAUCAGGACGCACAACGGCAACGGACCAACCCAUGUCAUUUGGACACAGACUGAAUUAUUUCCAGGAAACCACAUGGUCGGGAGGAGCUGUGACCCUGCGAGCAGCUGUCUGUCUUUGUUUGUGUGUGCAGACAGAGGCAGUUUAGAUCUGUAUAGACUGCAAUACUGAUGCAGAAACCUGCUGUCCCAGCAUUGCCAGAGAUUUGACUCGUGCUCUUAAAACAUCCCGCAAAGACAAGUGAAGUUGGACUUUAAUUUACUAAGCCAAUGCUGAUUUCUCCCAAAAUGUCUUAAGACUGAUAUUCCUGAUAUUUUUUUUUCUUGCGGUCAAAAUGUAGCAGAUCUGGCUGAUGAAUGUGUAAAAAUGUGAAAAGAUCAUUCUAAAACGGAAGUCCCAAAUGCUUUGUAAAAAGCUUGAUGUACAGUUUUGCAGUUGUUUCUAUGAUAGAAAUAUAUUGAUGAAAAGGCCUGCUUUAAAAUGUUUAUUUUUUAAGAGAUUUUGAAGUGCAAUUCCUGCCUGUGUUUUGUCUUCAGGCUGUUCAAUUGCAAAUAUGUCUUUCUAAGGAUUAAAAGUAUUUUUUUUCUCUCUUUGGAAUCAAA